AUGGGUGAUGUUGAGAAAGGCAAGAAGAUUUUUGUUCAGAAAUAUGCCCAGUGCCACACCAUGGAAAAGGGAGGCAAGCACAAGACUGGGCCAAAUCUCCAUGGACUGUUUGGGCAGAAGACAGGUCAGGCUGCUGGAUUCUCUUAUACAGAAGCCAACAAGAACAAAGGCAUCACCUGGGGAGAGGAUACACUGAUGGAGUAUUUGGAGAAUCCCAAAAAGUACAUCCCUAGAACAAAAAUGUGUCUUCGUGGCAUUAAGAAGAAGGGAGAAGGGCAGACCUAA